CUAUCUUCAAUAAUGUCUCUUAAUAAUCUUUAUAUUUAAUAAUAUCUUCAUCAUCAUUAUACAAUUAUAUAUAGUAAAUAUAAAAAGCCUCUCAUUUCUUCCCAUUGUUACAAGUCAUUUCUCAUUUCUCACUAUAUUAUAACUCAUGAUGGACACAUCCAAUGAUUCAUCGAGAUGGAGUUCAUGGACAAUAGAAGACAAACUAUGUGCUGCAUUUAUGCCAAUAAUGGCAAUUGCUGAAAUAUUAUUGUCUGCUGUUUCUGGGUGUUUUGAUUUCCAUCCUACGAAGCUUAAAUUUGAUCAUCAUCAGCUUUCUAGACUUGCUUCUGGAUCUAAUUUUAGUGUCAAUGAAGUGGAGGCGCUUUUUGAACUUUUUAAGAGCUUGAGUUCGUCAAUUAUUGAUGAUGGAUUGAUACACAAGGAAGAGCUUCGAUUAGCGCUAUUUAAUACCCCUCAGGGUGAGAAUCUGUUUUUGGAUCGGGUUUUUGAUCUUUUUGAUGAAAAGAGAAAUGGUGUAAUUGAAUUUGAAGAAUUUGUCCAUGCUCUCAGUAUCUUCCAUCCCUACGCACCUAUAGAGGAUAAGAUAAACUUUGCUUUUAGGCUCUAUGAUCUGAGACAGACAGGCUUUAUUGAACGAGAAGAAGUGAAGCAGAUGCUGAUAGCAAUAUUGACAGAAUCUGAGAUGAACUUAUCAGAUGAUCUUCUUGAGGCUAUUAUUGACAAAACAUUUGUCGAUGCUGAUGCUGAUGGAGAUGGUAAAAUCUGUAAAGAGGAAUGGAAAGAGUUUGCCCUUCGGUAUCCCAGCCUUUUAAAGAACAUGACUCUUCCUUACCUUGUGGACAUCACCACAGCAUUUCCAAGUUUUGUUUUCCACACAUCAGUUGAGGAUGCAAACUGAAAUUCCUUAUUGGCAUAUAGCGUUAAAUAUUGCUGCUAUACAUAGAGCUCAAAUGAUGACGAUCUCGAUGAGAUGGAUAAGAGAUUACAAAGACGGGUUAAUUUGAUGCUCCCUUCACCCCAUAUGAUACCGGCAUCCAAAUUUAGAAGAUCCUUGACCGAGAUGCUAUCCUUCCUUGAAGUGUACUGUCAAAAAGGAUCCUAACUAAUGUAUAUUUGAAACCAAAUAGCUUCCGCAUCCAGAAUCACAUGUAAAUAGUGAAUUCUGUACUGUUCAUGGGGCAUAAUCAUGCUUUAAGAAAAACUUUUGUUCCAGUACUCAAAACUCAAAAGUACUCGACAAACGACCGGCUCAUGCUGUUCUCUCUAUUAACAUGUACAGACAAGUUGUUUAGAAUAUCAUCUAUGUAUAUAAAGCAAUUCAUUAGAGUAGAAA